GUGCGGGCUGUUAAGGAGACCCUGAGCAGCCAGUUCGUGGAGAACUGCAAGGGCGUCGUGCAGAGGCUGACGCUGCAGGAGCAUAAGAUGGUGUGGAACCGAACAACACAUCUCUGGAACGACUACGAGAAGAUCAUCCACCAAAGAACCAACACCACCCCCUUCGAGCUGCUCCCUCAGGAGGAAGGCGCCAGCAUCACCGUCAGGGUGAUGAAACCACUGGAGGCCUCUGAGCUCAGCCUGGAGACGGUGUACGAGAAAUUUCAUCCCUCUGUCCAAUCCUUCACCGACGUCAUCGGCCACUACAUCAGCGGCGAGCGCCCGAAGGGCAUCCAGGAGACGGAGCAGAUGCUGAAGGUGGGUACGGCGCUGACCGGGGUGGGAGAGCUGGUCCUGGAUAACACCACCAUCAAGCUGCAGCCCCCGAAGCAAGGCAUGCCCUACUACCUGAGCAGCGCCGAUUUCCACUCCCUGCUGCAGAAACAAGAAUCAAACGUCCGGUUUUGGAAAAUCCUGACCGUUCUUUUUGGUUUUGCUACAUGUGCCAUCCUCUUCUUCAUCUUACGGAAACAAUAUCGGUAUCACCGAGAGAGGCGACACCUCAAACAAAUGCAGGAUGAAUUCCGACAGGCCCAGGAGCGCCUGAUGCGCGACAUGAACGCGGAGGGCGGAGAGAUGCUCAAAAACGCCUGCGUCAUCUGCUUGAGCAACACCAAAUCCUGCGUCUUCCUGGAGUGUGGCCACGUUUGUUCUUGCAACCAGUGUUACCAGGCUCUCCCCGAACCCAAAAAAUGCCCCAUCUGCCGACAGCCCAUCGCCAGGGUGGUUCCUUUGUACAACAGUUAA